CAUUUGUUUGGUUAUCUACAUAAGUUGUCAAGUUGACUGUCAAAGAACUUGCUGCGAAAUGUGAAUUGUCAUUAAAUAUUUACCACAUGGUUUUGAUAGUUUGUAAAAAUUAAGUUUGUAAAAUUUUUUAUUGACCAUAAAAAUAUUUUUAACAAAAUAGAAUGUCUGAAGUACCAGAUUUAAGUUCCGAUGAAGAACAAUUCGAAGAAGAUGAAUGGCAAGAAAUGGAAACUAGCGAUGUUUCAGUAACGUGUUUAUUUUGCACAAACGUUUUUGUCACUAUAGAAGAAACUGUGACUCACUGUGAAAACGUCCAUGGAUUUAAUUUAAGCGAAUUAAAAAACAAAUUCAGUAUGGAUUGCUAUUCAUACAUCAAAUUAAUAAAUUACAUUAAAACACAUAAACCGACUGCAGAUCAAAUUAUGGAGGCCUCGAAGCCUCUGUGGGUUGACGAAAAGUACCUUAAACCGUUAGACAACGACGAAUGGUUAAUGUUUGAUUUUGAUUCAAUAAUUGAAAAACCAAGUUCGCCUAAGUCUUACCACGCAAACGUAGAAAACGGUUUGGUUACAUUAUCACAAGCUCAUUUUACAGAACUCCAAAGAACUAUACAUACACUAACAGAACAAUUAAAAGAAAGUCAAUCACAUCUCCAAAUGGCAAAAGAGGACAUGGUUAAAAUGCAAGAUUCUAUGAAAAAUCUCAUUGAUGGAGGUGGUACUGGUGACAUUGGGGACAGUAGUAUUAUAGUGGAUUGUGUAUCUAAAGUUCCUUUAGAAAGUGAUGAGGGCUAUUUUAGUAGUUAUGCUCAUUUUGGUAUACACUAUGACAUGCUUUCUGAUAAAGUACGUACAGAAUCUUAUAGAGAUGCAAUUCUAAACAACAAAGAAACUUUAAGGGACAAAGUCGUACUUGAUCUCGGAUGUGGAACAGGUAUACUGUCAAUGUUUUCAGCAUCUGCUGGAGCAAAGAAAGUUUACGCUCUCGAUCAGUCGGAAGUAAUUUAUCACGCUAUGGAUAUUAUCAGAGAGAAUAAUCUUGAAAAUACUAUUCAAACAGUGAAAGGUAGAUUGGAAAAUACUAAACUCGAUGAUAAAGUUGACAUCAUAGUAUCAGAAUGGAUGGGUUAUUUCCUACUCUUUGAAGGAAUGCUCGAUAGUGUGAUAUAUGCAAGAGAUAACUGUCUGAAACCAGGAGGCCUUUUGCUGCCUAACCGAUGUAACAUAAGCCUUGUAGCAAAUGGGGAUAUAGAAAUGCACAAAAAGUUAAUUGAAUUCUGGUCUGACGUGUACGGCUACAAAAUGAAUUGUAUGAAAUCAGAGGUCGUUAGAGAAGUGAGUGUAGAUGUUGUGCCAUCGAAACAUAUUUUGUCAGAACCAUGUGUAGUUAAGGAGAUUGAUAUUUAUACAUGUACUAUUGAUACAUUAAACUUUACAUCUGAAUUUAAAUUACCGAUAACAAAAGAUGGUUCAAUUACGUCAUUAGUUGGUUAUUUUGAUACAUUCUUUGACUUACCACAAAGUGUGUCGUUCACAACGGGUCCUCAUAAAAUACCGACACAUUGGAAACAAACCGUUUUCUAUUUUAGAAAUUGCAUUGAAGUAAAGAAGGGUGAUGUGAUAGCAGGAACCAUUACUUGUAAUAGACAGAAAACAGAUGUUAGAGCACUUACCAUACAAAUAAAUAUAUUUGGAAAGGUUCAUAAGUUUAUAUUGAGCUAACUUUAAAAGAUGUUUAGAUAUUUUAUUUGUAUUUCUGUUAUAUUGUAAGCUUGCAGAAGGCAAUUUAUAUUUAUCGUAGAUACCUAUAUGAAA